AUGUCUGAUCCUACUCGUGUCGCUGCUGGUCUUAAGGCCGCAAUCCACAACCCGAACGUCUCAGAGGAGGCUAAGGAGCGUGCCGCCGACCGUCUCGAGAACAUGGGAGCCGAGGUUGACUCUGGCUCCGGUGUCGAGACCAACAGGCAGCUAGGAGGCUAUAAAGCUACCCUAUCCAAUCCCAAUACGUCAGAGCAGGCCAAGCAGCAUGCUCGUGAGAUCCUAGAGCAGGCUGGUUACUCGUACGAGCGUGGCGAAGGCGUCACCGAGGAAGAGCACAAUACACGUGUGCUUGCGGGCUACAAGGCAGCGCUGCACAAUCCUCGGGUAUCCGCGGAGGCUAAGCAGCACGCAAGGGAGUUCCUUGAGGCGAACAACGCCUUGUGA